AUGGGUAAUCAGCCGUCCAAGGGCGAGAAGGGCUCGCAAGACGGCCCUGAUCUCAGCUCCUAUCCCUCCUUCUCCAAGUCCGACACGCAGGGCUCGACACGUUCUUUCCGCGGCUCCAUCCGCUCAAAGAUUCCAUCCAAGAUAUCCACCGAAAACAUCCGCGGUUCGUCAUCCUCGCUGGCCUCGCCUAAGAGACAGUCCGAACCAAGCUUGGACGCCGCCGCUACCCAGACCAAUCCCGCUUCCAAACACAGGCGCUCUCCUUCCGCUCCAUCCUUAUCCGAAACGUCGCGCAGGAGCAGCGGAGCGAGCAACGAUGCUCAGGAUGAGGACGAAGUCCAGGCUCCUCCAUCUCCCACUCUUUCAUCCUCCAUCGGCCACGGCCAUUCCGACAUCACCAAGGCCCAGCGAUCCGGCGAAGUCGAACACGUCUCUGACGCUCCUCCUACCGGUACCCUGCAACACAACAACCUUACCGAACCAACCGAGUCCAUCUUGAUGAAAAAGGCUGAUCACAAGCCGAGCGCCGCCGCCGCAGCACUCGCCCUCUCAGAAGGCUCGGCUUCAAACAACAUGGACAUUGGUGCCCUCAAGACGUCGGAUCUUGAUGACAUGAUCAAACGUUUGAUCGACGCAGGAUACGCCGGAAAGGUCACAAAGACGGUUUGCUUGAAGAAUGCCGAAAUCUUCGCCAUCUGCCAGGCCGCUCGCGAGGUCUUCCUGUCGCAGCCUGCUCUGUUGGAACUCGCCCCUGCAGUCAAGAUUGUCGGCGAUGUUCACGGCCAGUAUACUGAUCUGCUGCGCAUGUUUGAAAUGUGCGGCUUCCCUCCCAACUCAAAUUACCUCUUCCUAGGUGACUAUGUGGACCGUGGUAAACAAAGUCUGGAAACCAUUCUCUUGCUGCUCUGCUACAAGCUGCGCUACCCCGAGAAUUUCUUCCUCCUCCGUGGCAACCACGAGUGCGCCAACGUAACUCGUGUCUAUGGAUUCUAUGACGAAUGCAAGCGUCGUUGUAAUAUCAAGGUGUGGAAAUCAUUCGUCGACACUUUCAACUGCUUGCCCAUCGCAUCUGUUGUCGCCAACAAGAUUUUCUGUGUGCACGGAGGUCUAUCGCCCAGUCUUUCGCACAUGGAUGACAUUCGCAACAUUGCCAGACCGACCGACGUUCCAGAUUAUGGACUGCUCAACGAUCUGCUCUGGAGUGACCCAGCAGAUAUGGAUAAUGACUGGGAAGCCAAUGAGCGAGGUGUAAGCUACUGUUUCGGCAAGAAGGUCAUCAUGGAGUUCCUCGCGAAGCACGACUUUGACCUGGUGUGCAGAGCGCACAUGGUGGUUGAGGAUGGUUAUGAGUUCUUUACUGACCGAGUCUUGGUCACCGUCUUCUCAGCACCAAACGUGANNUAUUGUGGAGAGUUUGACAACUGGGGAGCUGUCAUGUCUGUGUCUGGUGAGCUGCUGUGCAGCUUCGAAUUGCUGAAGCCACUUGACUCGAGUGCUCUCAAGCGACACAUCAAGAAGGGCCGAAACGAACGUCAAAACAUGCUCAACAGUCCGCCUGCAAGUCAAUACCCCCAGAGCUAUUAG